AUGCGCAUGGGAUCGAUGGCCAGUUGCACACAUAUAUUCGAUGGAUCCCAUGGCCAAGAAGACCUGGAAACAUUUAUUUCAGCAGUAAGCACAUUUAAAACUGUUGAAAAAAUCGAAGAUAGCGAGGCUUUGAUAGGCAUUCCACUUGUUCUGCAUGGAGAAGCGGCUAUUUGGUGGUUGGGUGUCAAGGACAGUAUCACGACUUGGGCAGAAUUCGUGCACCGACUGCGCAAUGCUUUUGCACCGAAGAAACCGGCGUAUGUGUUGUAUAGGGAGCUAAUGGGUGAAGAGCAACCCCCGGAUUUAGCUACGGAGCGUUUCGUAGCAAAGAAAAGGAUGCUAUUUUCUAUGCUGCCUCCACCGAAACCUACGGAAACACAGCAAAUAGACAUGAUUUUUGACCUUUUAUAUAUAAACAUAAGGUCACAUAUCACACGUAGUACCAUAAAUACGUUCGGCCAUUUGUUGGAAGUUGCUCGGGGUAUGGAAGAUGCCUUGCGAGAAAAGUGCUCGAACCAAAAGCAAGACACCAGUCAGCCACAACAAAACUAG